CUGCGGCAGCGAACCCCAGCCGUCAGUGGCGGCCGCCAUGUUGUGUUAGUUUGUUGUUCUCUUGCGGCUGGUGGUGCGGAGCAGGCGGCGGGAGGGCGGAGUACCCUCGCCCCCUGCAGCCGGGCGCCGAGCGGGGCCUGCGUCCGAGGCCUUCCCCCCACUCCGAGCCCUCAUUGCAACUGCGGGAGGCACCGCCAGGAGCGGCCGCCGCCCGCGCAGGAAGAGGCGCCAUGGCUGCUGCCUUGGGAGGAGCAGAUGAUGACUUUGAUCAGUUUGAUAAGCCUGGUGCAGAAAGGUCUUGGAGAAGAAGAACUGGAGACGAUGACUGGGACAGUACAAUUUUUAUCCACUCUAAGGACAUGUCUAGGCUACAAACUUUUGCUGCCGCAAGUUACGUCGGCAUAAAGCUGCUAAAUGAACUUGAAGAUGAUUUGCUUGGAGAGGAUUUGCUUACUGGUAAAAAGAAUCAGUCAGACUUGUCAGAUGAAGAACUGAAUGAUGAUCUUCUACAGAGUGACAAUGAAGAUGAACAAAAUUUCAGUUCUCAAGGUGUCACAGUUAGUCUUAAUGCUACAUCUGGCAUGGUUACAUCAUAUGACUACUCUGAGAACGCUAAUGAUCAUUCGAUAGAACAUGAGUCGGAAUAUGACCAAGGGGAGGACGAAAUAGCUUAUGACAAAUCGGAUGAACCUGAAGUAUACUCUCAAGAGUACACAGGGGAAGGACAGUAUGAAGGCAAUGAUGCUGAGCUGACAGAAGACCAAAUAGAAUAUGUGGAAGAACAGGGAGAGGAAGAAAUUUACAAUGAUGAAGUGCUAGACCUUGAAAUCAAUGAACCUCUAGAUGAAUUUCCAGAUGAAGAUUAUAUACAGUCAUAUAAUGAACAACAAGGGAUGGAAGAACAGGAAGAAUAUGUAGCUGAAGAAGAAUUGGAGGAGGUUGCUGAUUCCCAAACACCUACAAAUGAAUCAGAAGAGGCAGCUAUUGAAACUCUGGAACUUCAGGAGGAAACAAAAGAAGAAUCUGAUGAAGAGGAGGAGGAGGAUGAAGAAUCUGGACGACUACGUUUCAAAACUGAACGAAAAGAAGGAACCAUCAUUAGGCUCUCAGACAUAACGAGAGAGAGGAGAAACAUUCCAGAAACUUUGGAACUCUCAGCAGAAGCCAAAGCAGCGUUAUUUGAAUUUGAAGAAAGGGAAAGACAGCUUAAACAGGGACGCUACGGCUCAAGGAGAGGAGGGAGGAGAGGAGGUUCCAUAAUGUGUCAUGGAAUGGGAGAACAAAGAAGAGACAACAAUGAAAGGGGAAGAAUGAAGGAUCACAGGCCUGCACUGCUGCCAACGCAGCCACCAACAGCGGGUCAUUCACAGAGGUUAAUUCCUCCUCACCAACAACAGCCUAUUAGGAGUCUGUUCCAGCAGCAACAGCUACAAACGCUGCUUCCUAUGCAGCAUCAACACCAUUCAUCUCCUCCUCCAGGACUACAUAUGCCACCCCAGAUAGAAACACCUGGAAUAAUGAUGACUCCACCUCCAGUGACACCCCAGCAACCGAAGAACAUACAUAUAAACCCACAUUUCAAAGGGACAGUAGUGACGCCUGUGCAAGUGCCCUUGUUGCCAGUCCCAACCCAGCCAAGACCUGCUGUAGGACCCCAGAGAUUUCCUGGCCCUCCAGACUUUCAGCAGCACCCUCCUGGACCUGUUCCUACCAACUUCACCCAAGCCCCAAGAAUCCCUCUACAGGACCAAUGGAGAGGCCCACCUCCACCACCUAUGCCUCCUCCUCCUCCGCCUCCUCCUCCUCCCCAGGAAAGAGACCCUUUCUUCAUGGGAGAUCCAAGAUUCCCAAGUCAUCAUAUGUUUGAGCAACGGAGUCCCCCACCUCCACCCCCUCCCCCACUCCUUAACAGUACCCAUCCUGUCCCUAACCAGAAUCCUCUGCCUUUCAAUCAACCUGGACCAGGAUAUAAUCAGCAAGGGCAGCAACCAGUAUUUCCCAGAGACAGACCAGUAAGACCAAACAUCCAGCCUCAGAAUCCUGCCGGAAUUCUUCACUUCAGCCAACCAGGUUCAGCAAAUCCACGGCCUUUCAUGCAACCCAGACAACAAUUCUUACAAAACCCAGGACAGCCAUUUCUAGCAACACAUACACAGCCCAAUAUGCAGGGUCCCUUGCACCCUCCUCUACCGCCUCAGCCUCACCAUCAGCAACAACAACACCAACACCACCAGCAGCAGCACCAACAGCAGCAGCAGCACCAGCAGCAUCAUCAGCAUCAGCAUCAACAUCAGCAUCACCAUCAUCUUGCUGGUCCACCACAGCCUUUGAUUCCCAUUACCCAACCACAAUUCAGACCUCAUUUGCAGACUUCACAGCAACAGGCAAAUAACAAUAGAAUGCAAUGUCAACAGCGGCAGGGUCCAAUGAAUCCAAGACAUAGUACACCAACACAGAACAUGGUCAAGCGUCCGAAUCAGCAGCUACAGUCAACUGCUUCAAGAAAUAGCAACUUGCGUGAAUUACCAAUAGCACCUUCGCAUGCUAUUGAGAUUAGUAACAACCGGCGAACCGCUGCACCUGCUGCGCAGGUGAAACCCAUUACCAGCACAACACCUGCUACAAGAUCGGUAGUAGGUGUUGGGAGCCCACAUGGAAGGACUGAAAUGAAAGCUAGAGCAGUCGUGCCAGUGGUCCAAACUAAAGUAGAAGUAAAAUCUGAACCAGAGUUUCCCGAUGAAGAUGAAGAAACCAGAUUAUACCGUUUGAAGAUAGAAGAACAGAAACGCCUAAGAGAAGAAAUUCUGAAACAGAAGGAGCUGAGACGGCAGCAGCAGGCAGGUGCUAGAAAGAGAGAGUUACUUGAAAGACUUGCACAACAGCAGCAACAGCCUCCUACUCAACAAUCUUUCACACAGCAGGAAGAGGAAUCAUCAGAGUUUCCCACCAAUGGAAACCCGUUUAUAGUCCAUCCUGGUGCACAGGCCAGGCAAAAUGUGAAAAAUAGACUUCUUGUUAAAAAGCAAGACAUGGUGGUUGCAAAUAUUCAGCCCAGACCCACAGAUUUCAUGCAAGAUGGGGCUAAUGUGCAUUUUCAAGGACAGCAAGUGAAAACAGUGAAGCCUUUGAGACAGACUAGAACAGUACCACAAAGUCAGCUUCAGCCAUCGCCAAAAGUAUUACAAACAAAACCUGCUGCAACUACAGCAUCGUUCACCCCAGGACAGACUGCUAGGGUGGCAUCGAUACAAGGAAGGCCUCAGGAACUGAAACCUGGUGUGAAAAGGACUGUCAUGCAACGGGCAAACAGUGGUAGUGGAGAUGGGCCCCAUGUCGGCACCAAAGUGAGGGUGAUUAAGUUGUCAGGAGGGCAGGAGGGGGAGAACGUUGGCUUUGUGCAGCCAGAGGGCCAGCCCCAACGCCUCCAACAACCUCCAGAACUGAGACAGCAGCCAGUGCGGAAGGUCACUUUGACAAAGGGACCACUCCAGCAGCAGCAACAGCAGCAGCAGGCUCAGAUACAUUCAACAGUUCCACAAGGAGUCAAAAACAUCCAAGGGAUUCAUCCAGCUAAAAAGGUCAUUAUGCAUGGGAGAGGCAGAGGAGUAGCAGGCCAGAUGGGCCGAGGACGCUUGAUGCCAAAUAAACAGAACCUGCGAGUGGUGGAGUGCAAACCUCAGCCCUGUGUUGUGUCAGUUGAAGGGCUUUCUUCAUCAACUACUGAUGUCCAACUGAAAAACCUGCUGAUGUCAGUAGGACCCAUUCAGAGUUUACAGAUGCUUCCUCAGCAACGGAAAGCCAUAGCGAAAUUUAAGGAACCCGCACAUGCAUUAGCAUUUCAGCAGAAAUUCCACAGGCAUAUGAUAGAUCUAUCCCACAUUAACGUGGCUUUGAUAGUUGAGUGAGCAUAGCUGAUAACGCUAAUAGAAGCAUACUGUGGAGCUACAUAGGGAGAAGAUACGAAGGCAAAACCAUCAGGAUCUGAAGUCUUUUCAGUUUACAGUCUUUCUUUAACUGCUCUGUAGAACUACAGAAAGUAACAAGAUUUCCUCAGGAUAAGCUGAACUUAAGAGGAUCUAGCAAAGUGGAGUUUUGUGUUCAAUUUCUUCACAUUCGGUUGUAACCCCAUGGAACUACAGAUUUUUUUUCAAAGUGCUUACAAUGCAUGUAGACAUUGUUCUUCAAGAUCGUACUGUGUGAUCACAGUGACUUGAGUUGAGAAAAAGAACACUUACAUUGAAAAAUUUAAAGUUUCUUCAUAGCAAAGAAUAUUUGAUAAUGGUUGCUCUUAUCUUCAGUGCAGGGUAUUUAAAUGAGAACUCACUUCUCUAAACAAAACACAUGUAUGUUGUUCCUCUGAGAAGAUAGAAGGUGCAUUCUUAUAUAGAUUAAGACGUGGCCUACUUGAUUUAUGAUGAUAUUCUGAAAGGCUUUGGAGGUGACACUGGAAGGCUGUAGUUUCUGUUUUUGUAAAUAUGUUAGAUCGGUUUUUGCAUCUUCUAGUCUGACACGUUCCCUCUUUACUCCCUCCCCCCUCGCUUUGUGAAAUGAAAACACGCUGUAGGAAUAACAUUGCUACAUUUUCCCCCAUAGUUUAAAACAAAGGAUCUCAAUCUUCACUUUUCAGUAGCAUAAUGGGGUAGUUUACUCCAAGUAGUAAUUUAUUACAGUUUAGAUUGUUUUUUAAAUGGGAUUGCAAGAUACGAGGAAAAAGUGAAACACUUAAGCUCAUUUUAAAAAUAGGGUGACACAGAGAAAGUGGUACAUUCCCAAUAGCGUUUCUUUGUGCCACUAUUGCAGAGUAUGCUUCCUCUUAAUCUUUGUCAAUUAGUAUUUUUCCUUGAAAUUUAGUUUGUGACUAAUGCUAAACCAUUUAAAAAAAAAAAAACAUCAUAGUAAAGGCAUUAGAAUUGUGACAUGGUGUUCCCCACAAAGAUGGGAUUAUGAGGAUGUUGUUACGCUGUGGGUGAAAUUGGCAGUUCUAAAAAUUAUGUACAAAUAUUAAAGGAGAUUGGAUUUUAUAGUUGGUAAAAUUCAUUAUACUUCCUUUGGGUUAGAACCAUCUGGAUGGCAUUUCCAAAGGAACACAUUUUCAGUUACUUUUGGACAAAUUUAGCAAAAUGCCAUUGUUUACAUCCGAUUGCAGGUUUUAUGAAACAUUUUCUUAGUUUUUAUUUGGUGGGGUUUUCCUUCAUUCUUUAUUUUUAGCAUAUACUUUUGAGUGCUGACCUACUUUUUGAAGUGGGCACCUACGGAAACUUCAUAGUCUUUGAGGAUACUCAAGUAACAGAAACAGAAAAAACACUAACAUGAUGUAGUGAAUCUGCAGGGGCUUGUGAAUGGGGUCUAAACAAGUGCCAGAAUAUGGAAGAAUGACAGUUUGAAGCAAAUUCGUUGCAGUAAACCUUAGCUUGUAUGUAAGAUUUAGUGGUGACAGAGUUCACAUAGGCUUUCUAAUUGGCUUUCUCACAGCAGAGUUUUUUGUACUGAUUUCCAAUAAAGUAGAAGUUACUAAAAAUUAAAUAAAUAGUGUCUAAAGUCUCCUAGGUAAAACUGCUUUCUUUUUCCACUGAAAUAAUAGGAGAAUAAUGUAGUGCAUUAACAUUAUUACAAUGGGAAAAUGAAAAUGUUUAAGGAAUAGUGGUUUCUAAAGCCAUUUGCAUCUUAGCAAAGCGUGUAUCUUAGCAGAUCACAGUAAGAUCAUUAGAAUAUUCACAUAUGAAAGUGGGUUUUCUCACAUUUGCAUAUCUCUAAAUCCUUACAUUUGGCACAGUGCAGCACAGUUGAUGUUCUCUGCUCAGGACAGAUCCAAGACUGGGAGUAGCAGAUGUGUCACAGGUAGAAAUGAGUUGGUGGGGCUGUAUGUGAAGGCUAGCAUGACACCUGACUUCCAUGGUGGUUGGUUCUCACUAGUACUCUUCCCUCCUCACGUCCACCAUUACUAAACCCCACAAAUAUUGUAUUUUUUAUUGUUAAAAAGGAAUGUUUACAUCUUAGAUGGGCCAUUAAAGGUGGUGACGUACCCACUGUUAAGGAACAGCUUCUCUGUGAGGGGAAGAUUGGAAAAACAUCCAGAAAAUAAAUGGGUCCGAGUGUCUGCCCAUGGAAGUAUGGGCCGGAUGUGACUACAAAUAGCUCAGUAGGGGGAGUCUGCAGCUGAUCAGCUGUUCUUGUAGAAGCAGAUGAUGAUGUUGGAAUAUGAGCUUUUUUGAGGCCUAAAGAAUAGGGGCCCUAUCCAAAACCUGAAGAAGUCAGUGGAAAGUCUCAUACUGACUUCAGUGGGUUUUGAAUCAGUCCCUAGGAGAGCAACAUUUUGCAACUACAGGAUUAAGAAUUUUUAGUCAGGGUUUUUUAAACUUUUCCCCACAUAACCAUCCUGUGGCAUUGAAAACAAAGAUAUGAGCAAUGUAUCCUUAAACUUACCAAAUAGAUUGGAGCGAUGUAAGCAUUGUUUAAUAAUUGUAUACAUCCCUCUUUAUAGACUUUUACUUUAGAUUACUGCUUGUGCAUAGAGUGCAGACAUAUUCGAUAGUGACUAUAGCUGCUUAUCACAGUAGCUGGGUAUCAUAUGGGAACUGUGAGUAUGUUCUGUAUGUAUGUAUGUCUAUAUGGAUACGAUUAUGUACAUACAUACGUCCUGUAUAUUACAACUCUUUUUAACAGGAUGAUCUUCAAAAAAGUACGGUAGUAACAACAACCAUUAGGUUUAGGCAUGCAUUAAAAAUGUUUCAAUAAAACAUAUCUUCAGUAAUAAACUCCUAACUUAAAACUGGAUUUACUGGCAAUGACUGAUUUGAACCAUAGCAUCACAGUUUGGUUCCAUUUGUUGUGGCUCCUCCCACAAAAGCAAAGGAAGUAGAGGUAAAAUUAGAAAACUGUUCUUUCCAUGUUCUCUUACAGCACUUCGUUAAAUCUGGCCAUCUUAAGUUAAUUUUCUUGGAAGAUCUGUUGCAACCAUUAUCUUGUUCUUUCUUUAUCAUGCAUUUAAAAUAAGAUGCAGAAUGCAAAAAUUGCAUUUAAUAUACAAUGUAAAUAUGGAACUUUUAAAAUUAAAAGAUGUUACUCAGAGUGCUUACAAUUCAACCACAUCUUAGCUACUUGUUAGUUUUUUUGUGUUGUCUUAUAUAAGUUUAAUGGACAUAGUUCCAUAAAUGUUGAUGUGUGUUUGUGUAUCUCUUCAAUUUUUUAUAAAGAUGCUAGUAAGUCAAUACAUAUAUCCUGAUCUGUGUAUUAUUUGUUCACAAGUUUCAGAGAAACUUAAAUUUAGUAAUGCUAUUUUAAAAGGGAAAUAUUGUAGGUGAUUAUGUGGAGCCAAAUAUAUAUUUUUUUCUUUUUCAGUAUCUUGUUUUGGUCUUGUGGCACUUCUAAGUUCAUUUUACUCUAUCAUCACAUCUUGGCUACUAGAUUGAUCUGGCCAUAUUAUGUGUGAAAUUAUAGAAGAAUGGUCUUAAUUUCUUUGAGGCCUUUGUCCUUAAAGGUUAAACGGAUUAUACAUUACACUAGAUCUUCACAUUCUCAUGUCGGACCAAGGUUUGGGUUUCUGGAAGGGUUCUUUAUGUUGUAUAAGUACAAAGAGGUCGGUCUAAAGAUAUUGUUCUCAAAGAUUGGGAGCUUGGGGUUAUUUUAGUUUUUGUUGUUCAACACGUAAUUCAAGUUGGUCAUGUUAACAUUUUAUUCUUUUCACAAUCUCAGAGAGCAGGGUGGCACGUUGUGUAUGAUGAAAAGAAACCAUUAAACAGAAUUGAGGAGCUUGGUUAAAAUCCUAUCGAUAGGGAGAGGCAGAAGUGCAGACCUAUAGAAUCUUCAUAAAUACAGGAAUUGCUACAAAAUGUUUUAUAAAUUAUAGUGACCGAUUUUUUUAAUUUAGCAGGCUGAUGUGGGCCAAGAAUGACUGAUUCAUCUCCAAUGUAACUGGACAAAAGAUUAUGAUGAUAUUUAUAAAUAUUGAAGUCAAAUCUACAGAAUAUAAGACAAAAAUACAUCUUCAGACGAAUAGGUUUAAUUCCCAUUUGGGGAUUGGUUCUGAAAACUCACUUUUAAUUUUCACAGCCCUGCUUAAGGCCCUUUUAGUAAGUAAACUACCAGAUCUUCAUUGGGCAUCUUAAUUCCUUUCAUAGUUGGAUUCCAUUGCAAAGAUUUAGUCUGAAGAACUUUUACAAAAGUGUAGGUAUUCUCAGCAUGCCUGUGUAUUACUACAUUUAUUACCUUACACGUAUAAUAAAUACAUUAUAGCAACUAAUUUUGACUACUUUGGGGGAUAAAUAAGAGCAUUUUAUUUGGUCCUGAAUUUUUUUUUUUUUUUUUUUUUGAAUGUUUAUACCAUAAAGUAUCUUCAAUCUGGUCAGUUUUAAAAGUUUUGCCCCUUCUAAGACGAUGCUGUGGGCACUUCCUAGAAUUAGCAGAAGUAGCUGUGGGUGUUGCCUUUAUCCAUAGUUUGACUUUUCUGGAUAUAUCCUAGAUUUGUGCUCCACCAUACUCCUAUAGAUGUUGUAUUGUCCUCCCCAUUAGCACUGCAAUAUUCUAUGUAUGUUUCUACCCCCAGGAUAUGCUUCUGGCUUCACAUACUCACUGUUAGACAGGAUUUUUAGUUUUGGUCCUCUAGGUGUAACUUUUUUCUUUUUAGCAAUUUUUGGUACUUUGAUUUUUCUAGCAGCAGUGUUGGAUGAAAAAUAAAAGUGGGGGAAAGAGGCACUAGACAGAUAAAGAAAGUCCACUAGAUUAUGAGAGGAAUAAAUCAUUAGGGUAAUUUAAGGCUCUUGUUUCAAUGUUACCUUUAAACUGGCUUUAAUUCUGAAAUGUUACUUAACACCAUUCUUUAAAUAUGAAUCAAUUCAACAGUUUUAAUACUAGAAGUAUUUUAUCUUAAGUUAGUAUUAAAUCCUAAGGAUUUUAUGUAAGGUUUUUUGUAACCUAGUUAAUUUUAUCAUAAAAAUUGCCUACAUUUUAACUUCUUAUCCACAUGAGCGCAAGGUCUUGUGUACAAAAACACUGAUUCAUAUUGGAUCCUCACGUAUACCAUCUUCUGGUAUAAUAUGGUUGGGAAGGAUCAUUUGUUUUAUUCUUUAGCACUACCUUUUGCAGGGUUUUGUUUUUUUUUUUUUAAAUCUUCAGUUUCUAUUUCUGUGCUUAUUUUGGUGGGAAGUACAUUGUCUUUUGCACUGUGUAAAACUUAAUGGGAAGGCUAAUUUCACUGGGUCUGUAAGCACUUGCAUUGCUUUCUCACUUCUCAAGUUGGACAUUUUAUUUUUCUAACUCUAAAUGGAAAGGGGUCAUUGUACAUAUUAAUUUCUCAACAGGUUUACAUCAAGGAUUUUUAAUUUAACAGCAUCCCAGUUAAUUGAGCUUACACCAUUUUAAAAUUUAUUACAGAUUAAAUGUAGGGUUUUUAAAAAACAGCCCCGUGUACAGUUACAUAAAAUAUAUUAUGGCUGAAAUAGUAUCUGUGAUUAUAUGGAAAAUCACUGUGAAAUGAAGGAUUUUACUGCUAUUUUUACCUUUUUUUUUUAAAUGCAUUUCAUAGUUCAGGCUUUUCAUUGUGCAUAGUAAUUUUUCUAGUGUCUGACAGGUUUACUUUGCAUAAACAGAAAUAAAACUACUUAUUUUCAAUAAUGAAAAUUUUUUGCAGGACCACUUUGCAGGAGAUGGGAGUUUUUCAGUAAUUUUAACUUUCAAAUUAAUACACAUUUUCAUUUACAGAUUCAGCAAAGACAAGACUAAUGAAUUUAUUUACAGUUGAUCAUCUGUCUCUAAUGGACCAUAUAAUUCAUACUCUUAAGAAGAUACACCAUUAAAACAAGUCAUAACACUUUAUUUUUUUACAAAGUUAUCCCUAGUCACCUUGGUUCUCCUCACCCUUUCUCUGUCCCCUUCCUAUUUCCCCUCACUCCUAGUUCACCUACAAGAAUGUUAAUUCUUUACUGCUGUCUUUUCCUUGAUGUUCUUCUCAUCUCUGUCCAAAACUUUCUCUUUCUGCCUGUCUGACAGUUGUAGUACCCAUCUCUCAGAAUCCUUCUCUAUUCCAGUUCCCUAAUACAAUGUUUUGGUCGCCUGUAUUGAAAGUAAAUUAUACUGCUGCGUCUUUCCUACAGAUGUUAGUUGUAAAUGUUUGAACAUAAACAGCUGCCACCCAAAGGAGGGGUCAUUUUUUAGAGGUUUCACACUUUAGGAUGUGUUGAACAUUCCAAAGAUGUGGAGAAAAUAUUACUUAACCAUUUUGUUUCACAGCUCUUUUCCACUUAGGGGAGUGACAGCCAUUUCCAGAUAUGCUCUAGCUUCUGUGGCAUACCAGGAGAUUUAAGACUAAUUACUAACUUUUUUCCUACCCUUUACUUUUGCAGGAGUUCUAUUCUUGAAUUCAGUGAUAGUAAUAGUACUUUAUCAUUGCCACUUAGAAGUAAUGAGCACCUGUCAACACAAUUCUACCUCUAUUACUAUUACUGAAUGUGAUCCUUCCUAACCUAUAAACUCUUAAGUGCUGGAUAUUGGGUAUAUUGAAACUCUAAUUUAAAAUGUACUGUUCUAAUCUGGAUUAUGAAGCUUGUGUUUAUUAGGAGUUCAGAAUAUAAAUUCAAGAGGCGACUGUAUCAUGAUACUGACUCACUGUGGGUUCAUCUGCUUCAUGUUUUCUACUGCAUCCUCUACACACAUUAUUUUACUUCUCAUUUCUUAAGUGUUAUAUGCCUGAUUAUACCAAGUCCUUCCAUUUGCAUUAGAUACCUUUCCGUGGAAUAUGCUAGGUGUGAAUGUAAAAAUGAAAACACAGAAAUAAUGUACAAGUUCCUUGUAUGUGAUUCCAUACUUCAAAUGUCAGUAUGUAUUUAAGUGUAUUUAUUGUAACUAAAUUGUGUCAAUAAAAUAUUUUUUCCUUUU